CCGCCAGAGGGCGACCUCCCAGAGCAGGCGCUCGCCACGGACCGUGCUUGACCCCAGCGGGCCGCCGUCGCCGCGCUUGCUUUUUUCCCCGCCGUUCGGCUCCCCGGCGUCGGGCUCUGGCGGCUCGCCGUGGCGCCUCAGUCGCACACCUGGGUUUCCCGCUGGCCGGCGGCGAAGAUGGCCCCCUGAGCAGGCCCGAGCGGGGAGCGGCGGGCGGGCGGGCGCCGCGGCCCAGGCCGGGCUCGGCGGGCGGGGCCCGGGUCGCGGCCUCUUUGUCUCCAGGGCGGCGGGUGCGUCCGCUGGGCUCGGGGCGGAAGUCCGGCCGCGCUGCCGGUGCCCCGGGCCGCAGCGGCCGCACCAUGAGCGACAUCCGCCACUCGCUGCUGCGCCGCGAUGCACUGAGCGCCGCCAAGGAAGUGCUGUACCACCUGGACAUCUACUUCAGCAGCCAGCUGCAGAGCGCGCCGCUGCCCAUCGUGGACAAGGGCCCGGUAGAGCUGCUGGAAGAGUUCGUGUACCAGGUUCCCAAGGAGCGCGGAGCGCAGCCCAAGAGAUUGAAUUCACUUCAGGAGCUCCAACUUCUUGAAAUCAUGUGCAAUUAUUUCCAGGAGCAAACCAAGGACUCUGUCCGGCAGAUUAUGUUCUCAUCCCUUUUCAGCCCCCAAGGGAACAAAGCCGACGACAGCCGGAUGGGCUUGCUGGGAAAACUGGUCUCCAUGGCCGUGGCUGUGUGUCGGAUCCCCGUGCUGGAGUGUGCGGCCUCCUGGCUCCAGCGGACGCCUGUGGUGUACUGCGUGAGGCUGGCCCGGGCCCUCGUGGACGACUACUGCUGCCUGGUGCCGGGCUCUGUGCAGACGCUGAAGCAGAUGCUCAGCGCCAGUCCCCGCUUCUGCUGCCAGUUCGUCACUUCUGUCACCGCGCUUUUCGACCUGUCAUCAGAUGACCUCAUCCCACCGCUGGACUUGCUUGAAAUGAUUGUCACCUGGAUUUUUGAGGACUCAAGGUUGAUUCUCAUCACUUUUUUAAAUACUCCGAUUGCGGCCAACCUCCCCAUAGGAUUUUUAGAGCUCACGCCGCUCACCGGGCUGAUCCGCUGGUGUGUGAAGGCACCUCUGGCUUACAAGAGGAAGAAGAAGCCGUCCUUAGCCAAUGGGCACAUCGCCCCCAAAGCCUCCCCGGACUCGGCGGGGACGGACAGAGACUCGCACCUCUUGUACUCCAAACUGCACCUCAGCGUCCUGCAGGUGCUCAUGGUGCUGCAGGUGCACCUCACCGAGAAGAACCUGUACGGGCGCCUGGGGCUGGUCCCGCUCGAACACAUGGUCCCGCUGGUGGAGGACAUCAGCAGGCUGGCGGACGAGCUGAACCCCCUCAACGCCUCCCAGGAGAUCGAGCUCUCUCUGGACCGCCUCGCGCAGGCGCUGCAGGUGGCCAUGGCCUCCGGCGCGCUGCUAUGCACGAGAGAUGACCUCAGGACCUUGUGCUCCAGGCUGCCCCACAAUAACCUCCUGCAGCUGGUGAUCUCGGGCCCCGUGCAGCAGUCACCACACGCGGCACUGCCCCCCGGGUUCUACCCGCACAUCCACACACCCCCGCUGGGCUACGGGGCUGUGCCUGCCCACCCUGCCGCCCACCCUGCGCUGCCCACACACCCGGGGCACACCUUCCUCUCGGGCAUGACGUUUCCAUUCAGGCCCAUCCGCUAGGCUGGCCCCACCCGCCACCGAGUGGCACCGUGCCUUCUGCGCCUGGGCGGAGGAAGCCUCCCGGAGAGGGGCCAGCCCACAGAAGAGGACCUUCGGGAGGCAGCGGGCGGCCCCUCCUCACCAGCAGGACCGUCUCGGGGCAGAAGUUCCGUGACCUCGCCAACCAGGUGCCGUCUACCUGGCUACGCUCGUGAGAGUCCAUACUGGACAGACAGAGGGGAAGGGCCCAGCCCGGGCAGAGCGGUGCGGCACCUCUCGGCGGUGCCCGCCCUGUGAGCCCGGCCCCUUGAGAGUCAUUCCAGGUGCCCUCGCUGAGCCUGUGCGGUCGGGGACGCGGGCGUGCGGAGCAGCGUUUGCACGUCCACAUGCCUGGCUUCUUUCCUUGUGAGCAGGAUGCGUCCUGCCAGGAACACGGGCCCCUCCGCUCCGAGGGCUCCGUGAGCUCCGAGCUGAACCGGUGCCCUCAGGCCACACCCAGCACUUGGCUGGCGUGGGUGCGGUGCCCGCCCCCGAGGAGAGGGGCGUCCGUUUCACUGGGAUCGCUGCAUUUUUCUUUCACGUGUUCCAAUAAAAUUUUUCUAAACAGUU